UUGGGUGACCGCAAAACCAGCCAAUUGGCUCAUGAACUAUCUGUCCAAAGUCUGGCCAGCUCAGAAGAGAAGUGGAAUGACGGUAUGCGCCGGUAUGGGCAGUCGACAAUGCGGGAUAUAUACGACCGUUGGCCAUGGAACCGGUUCCUGAUGCUCCGGUCGGGUACUAAUUGCUCUUUACGCACCGACUUCGUGUGUUCUAGCCCGCUAGAUGCACUUAAGCGAAUGCAGGCCGAGGCAGAUUGACGACGUGGUCUGCGGACACAAGACCGAGAUGCUUCAAUUAGGGUCCUGGCCUGGAUGGAACGGAGGGUUCCUUGCGCGAUCUGUCUCGCUCUUCACUUUCGCUCAAGUGAUUCAACAUACCAAGUCGUUGGACGACACAUCACAUAGUGGAGGGAAUCAGCUGGAACUGAUCUGAGGAGCCACGAUGCCGGCAACCAAUAUCUUCUCGCUUCCCGGAGAACUCAGGAACAAGAUUUGGCGCGAACUGGUGCUCUCCGGUGGCGACCUUGCUGUCGAAGCUCUUUGCAGAUCUGAAGUGCAGAAGCUGCAUCAGCCUGCUGUAGCGUUCGUGUGCAAGCAGAUUCGGAACGAGGCCCUCAGCAUCUACUACUCUGAGAAUAGCUGGUUCCUUGGCAAGAUAGGAUACCAUCAUCCCAAGCAUGUAAAGAUGUACGAUUUCGACAUUCGCAUCUCUCGAUGGAACGAACUGCUCGGACCCUACGUCAGAUAUCUUGCCCGCCUGAGUAUGGGAGUCGAUGGGCGAUGCUAUGCGUGGAACGACCAGGGCCUAGCAGAUGAUGCCAGAUAUGAGAUAUGUGUUGUUCGCAAGGGACAACUGCACUUCGAGAGGAAUGGCGAACCGAGAUGUACUUGCCGUUUGAAGAGUGGUGUGGAAAUGCAGGCCACAAGAGAUGGUGCUGUGCUCCUCGAACUGGUGAAAGAGUACAGUGAUUCGUAUCGCGAUAAUGUACAUGAAUGCUUCUGUCGCCAAUGUGGCAAGAGCAGGCUGGAGAAAUUCGGCCGCUCAGACGCCACGCACCUACCUCUGUGGGAGGAUAUCGCGACCUGCUAGAGUGGCAAUUUGCAAGCAGACCUUUGGUCUCCCGAGAGGUCCAUCGGAGCUGGCCCAUUAAGUCAGAUCAUAUCCGCCGCUCAUCUUUGCCAAUGGUGUGCUCUAGGCCACUGUGACGGUUGAUUGCAAUCGCGCUCGCGAUGCAUUGUCCAUCCAGCGCCCUGCGCGUACAGCAAUUGAACGAGCUCCGGCUGAGGCGCUGUCGAAAUCCUGCAGUGUGGACGCCCGUGCCUGUAGCCAUUGUCAUUCAGCAUGGCUACAAACCUCUUGUUUCCCUAGGAUCGGCAAGCUGGACAUCCAUGAGUAGCGUCCUUCGCUACUUUAUCCUCGAAACUAUUGCCGCUCCUUCAGUAGCGAAGAGGAUCAUGCCGAACAGUCGCGAAUCGCUUGACACGACUUGAGCCAAGCACCUUGUCCCCAGGCGGAAGCGAACAUUGUAAGCAUACAUCCAAGCCCUUCUACCGCGCGAGACCUCCCUUCCUGUUCAUCGCUGCUCCGACUUUAAAGCCGGUAUUGUGACCGGUUCACCGUCCAGAGGGAGUGCCGGAAAACUCCAAUCCGACUCGAACACUCCGGCUUCAUCAUGCCUCUCGAA